AUGAGCCAAGUCGAGGCUCUGUACAUCUUCGAUGAGCACAACAACCUGAUCCUCGAACACGUCUACUGCGCCCGCCCGCCCGCCGCCCUGCACCUCCUGCCGCUCUACCUGCAGCACCCCGCCCCGCGGCCCUCGCUGGUCUACCUGCCCUCCACCAAUCCCCCCACCCUCGUCCACUCCAUCAUCCAGGACCGCCUGCUCUUCCUCGCCCCCUCCAGCGUCGACACCGAGCCGCUGCUCGUGCUCGAGUUCCUCCACCGCGUCGCCGAUGCAAUAGAAGACUUCCUGGGCUCGCCGCUGCUGGCCACCAAGAUCGAAGCACACUACGAUGUCGUCGCCCAGCUGCUGGGCGAGAUGUGCGACGCCGGCAUAGUCGCCAACACCGAGGCCAACGCCCUACGCGACCUCGUCGAGGCCCCAAGCGUCAUGAAGAACCUGCUGGGCAACAUGGGGCUCCCUUCGUACGCCCCCCCUCACCCUCUCCCCCCACAAUCCCACGCUGACACGCCCCGCCCCGCCUCCAGCUCCUCCCCGGCCCUCAACCCCGCCAGCACCUUCGGCCGGCCCUCCCUCAAACCCACCCUCACACCCCCCGGCAGCAGCCCCACCGCCUCGCCCGUCCCCUGGCGCCGCGCCAACGUCCGCCACACCUCCAACGAGCUCUACGUCGACGCCGUCGAGACCCUCUCCGUCACCUUCUCGCCCUCGGGCGCGCCCAUCUCCGCCUUCGCCAACGGCAGCAUCGCCUUCACCUCCAAGGUCAGCGGCAUCCCCGACCUCAUCCUCCGCCUCGACGCCCCCGGCGGCAUCGCCCACGUCGUCCAGCUCCCCGUCUUCCACCCGUGCGUCCGCCUCGCCCGCUGGCGCGAGCGCCCCGGCGAGCUGAGCUUCGUCCCCCCCGACGGCCGCUUCGUCCUCGCCGGCUACGAGGUCGACCUGCUCGGCCCGGGCUUCCUGCUCGACGCCCAGAACCUCAAGCAGGGGACCAACCGCCCCGCCCUCAACAUCCCCGCCAACGUCGAGGUCAAGACGAACCUCGGCCCCGCCGGCGCCGACUUCGAGGUCCGCCUCUCCCUCUCCCCGCGCUUCCGCUCCACCGCGUCAUCUUCGUCAGGAUCAGGCGGCGGUGGCGCGUCCGGUCGACCUGGCGGCGGGCUCGGCAGCCGCACUGGAUCCGGGUUUGCCGGCUUGGGCGGUGGUGGUGGUGGACACAGCGGCACGUCGGCCGCGCCGCAGCUGUCGGACGUCACGGUGCGCGUGCCGCUGCCGGCCGGUGUGCGCAACUUGGCUGACGUGCGCCCGUCGCGGGGGGAGGUGACGCAGUACGCGCCGGGGGACGGCGCGCUCGAGUGGCGCGUGUCGUCCAAGGACGUCGCCGCCCUGCUGCAGCUCGGCAUGGGGGCCGUCGCGACGCUGCGGUGCUCGGUCGUCGGCGGCGGCGGCGGCGGUUCGCUGGACGGCGACGACGAGGCGGAUGGGGAGGGGGAUGGCGCCGCGGCGUUGGUGCUCGGCGGUGGGAGGUAUGACUAUGAUGAGGUGGAUGGCUCGGCGUCGGGGAGUGGCGGUGGUUAUCAGUCUGGCGGCGUGGUGGAGAAGGCGAAUGGGACUGGCGCGGCGCCGGACGUGGACGCCCGGGCGGAGAGGAGGAGGCAGGCCAACAGGCUGCUCAUGCCGAGUAGCGCUGCGCUGAGCUUCCAGGUCAAGGGCUGGUUGGCGAGCGGUGUUAAGGUGGAGAGCUUGAAUCUGGACCAACGGAAGUCGAGGGGGUUGGGGGCUGGUGUCACGCCGUAUAAGGGUGUCAAGUAUUUGACUGUGAGUAGGGACGGCGUGGAGGUGAGGUGUUGA